UGAAGUGACUGAGCUGAGAUUAUAACUCCCACAUCAAUAUCCCGUUAUAAUUAGAAUUGCAUAAAUCAUCACAAUACUUUUACUGAAGUAUAGUAUUAUCUUCCUACAUUCUCUAUUAUUUAGAAGGAGUAACUAAAAUGUCACAUCAAACUGGGAUUCAAGCUAAUGCUGAAUUGAAGAAAUACUUCACUAAAUGUAGAGAUGGAAAAAUUCGGGUAUUAAAAGUCAGCAUUGACAAUGAACAGUUAAUAUUAUCUAAAUACCAACAGGUUAAAGGUUCCUGGGAACAUGAUUUUGAUAAAUAUGUCCCAUCAUUAGUAGUAGAUGAUCUCCCUUGUUACAUUUUAUACAGAUUUGACUCAACAAAUUCAGUUGGUCAUGAAUGGCUGCUGCUAAGCUGGUCACCUGACAGUGCUCCAGUGAGGCAGAAGAUGUUGUACGCAUCCACUAAGGCCACACUUAAACAGGAAUUUGGAACUGCUCAUAUAAAAGAUGAAAUGCAUGCUACAAGCAAGGAUGAAGUCAGUCUUAAAGGCUACAAGGCACAUUUGACUGGUGUGAAUGCUCCAGCACCACUCACGGACAGAGAAGAGGCAUUAAAAGAACUGCAGCAAAAUGAACAUAGUCCCAACUAUGGUACUGAUUCAAGGCAGUCUACAAUGGGUGGGGUUGCAUUUCCUAUAACACAAGAUGCAAAGCAAGGCAUUAUUGAUCUCCAACGUGGUUCCUACAAUUAUUUACAAUUUAAAAUAGAUAUAGAUGAAGAAAAGAUUCAUCUUGCAAAAGCAAGUGUAAUCGAGCAAUCAGAGCUGCCUCGGCAAGUGCCGGAUGAUCAGGCAAGAUAUCACCUCUUUGUAUUCAAGCACACACAUGAAGGUGAUUACUUGGAAAGCAUGGUGUUCAUCUACUCCAUGCCGGGAUACAGUUGCAGUAUAAAGGAGAGAAUGUUGUAUUCAAGUUGUAUCGGAACAUUUUUGGAUAUAAUUGAAAAAAUGGGCAUCGAGAUUGCCAAACGGCUGGAAAUCGGUGAUGGUAAAGAAUUGACGGAAGAAUUUUUAUACGAUGAAAUACAUCCAAAGAGAAAUCUUCACAGACCUGCCUUCGCUAAACCGAAAGGUCCGCCAAACAGAGGCGCGAAACGAAUCACCAAGUCUCAGGCGUCGCAGUAGUUUGCUAAUAAAAUGCAAACAGAAAAGUGAGCUUAUGCUAAACGUAGGGAUGAUCGAAUAAUCGAUUAAAAUAAUUUUAUAUCGAUGUUGAAUUUUAUUAUCGAUAUUCCAAUGAACUGUCAAACCAUCAAUGAAUUCCUGAAAUAGUUUACAAGA